CUAAGCUUAAACGAACGACAACCUAGAAAAAGUUAAGAAACCAAAAAAAAAAAAAAAAAAAAAACAAUUCAGAUCGUGAAAAAUAGAAACGGCUCGGAAGGUUUUGCAUGACUGAAAAAAAAAUUGUUCUCACAUUUUAGUUUCGAAUUAAGAAUUAAGAACAUCGAAAAACAAAGUGAUUUGGAACAGAAAAAAAUUAAAAAAAAAAAAAAUAAAACAUAAAAUAAAAUUGAAAAAUAUAAAAAAAAAACAAAUUGUUAUCGAAAAUAUUGAAAUUCGAAAAAUUUUAUUAAAAGUGAGAAAGAAUUUUUUUUUUGGCAAACUGAAAUAUCUGAAUCAGAAAAGAAAUACAAAAUGUGGAAAUAUUGUUUGUUAGUGUGUGUUGUAACGGUUUGUGGUGUUCACUCGUACGCUCCAAAUCCGGAGGGCUAUUAUCAUUAUCCCGCGCCACCAAAAACGCAACAAUUCAUACAACCCCAACCCAAGCCCCUGCAAUAUGCCCAAACGUAUCAAAAUCAAUACCAGCGAUCGUAUCAAACCCAACAAUCUCAAGUUCAACCGCUGUUUUUCCCGCAAGCCAACCAACAACAGCAGCAACAACAGGGUGCCUACAGUUAUUUUAACUCAGCAGCAGCAUCAUCGCCGUCGUCGUCUUCAAAGUCAUUGGCAUUCCCCAGCUCGGUUAUUAGUCAACAAUUUACCUCACCUGCCCUAGAUAAUGCCGCAUUCAAUAUGGCCUUAACCAGUCAAGGCUAUACAACCGGUGCAACAUCCGCUGCCCUCAAAAAGGCCCCCAGUGCAUUGGGCAGCAGCAGCAGCACAGCCUUGCUAGAGGCCACACCAUCCUCAUCGGGAAAAUCCCUGAAUGUAAAACUACCGCUGCCAUUCAACAUCACCCCCCUGAACAUAGCCCCACUGCCAUUGCAGGCUGGUGCCCCCUAUGCCAAGUUGCCCAAUGCCGUGACAUCCUAUGGCACCACAUAUCCCCAGAGGAGAAGGCGUUGAAUUGUCCAAUGCUGUCCGAAAACUACUAGGCUUAAUUUUUUCUCCCUUAGCAUAGAUUCUUGUCGCCUAUCGUACGCAACCCCCCUCUUCCCCACCUUUAAUUAGUUAAACUAAAUGAGAUUGAUUAUGUUAAGAGCCCAAAAAAAGAAAAAGAAACAAAAAAAAAAUUAAAACAAACAACAACAAAGAAUUAAAAUAAAAUACAAUCCGAAUAAUUUAAAUUUAAAACAAAAAUCGCAAAGAAUGAAUAUUUAUAAAUCACCAGACAA